AUGUCCUGGCAGCAGAACCAGAAGCAGUUCCCGCCCACGCCCCAGUUCCCACAGCAGUGCCAGCCUCCGCCCAAGUGCCCUCCUAAGUGCCCGGCUCCGUGCCCGGCUCCGUGCCCGGCUUCGUCCUCAUGCUGUGGUCCCAGCUCUGGGGGCUGCUGCGGUCCCAGCUCGGGCGACUGCUGCGGUCCCAGCUCUGGGGGCUGCUGCCUGUCACACCACCAUCACCGCCGACCCCGUCUCUUCCACCGCCGCCAGCACCAGAGUCCCGACUGCUGUGACAACGGCAGUUCCGGCUGCUGCUGA